AUGGCACUGAACGUUUUGCCUGGCCCUAUCGAGGAAGCUAAGUUGAAGGCUCGUCUGGAACUUUUAGACAACUUUGAAGAACAGCUUGCUAAAGCCGUUCAAUGGCAAGAAUGCGAAUCACCGGCUGCUUAUCGACAAAUGCGGCGGGAGGGCACAAAUGGAUUCAUCGCGCCAACUUUGAAUCCUACCGCACGGCUCGUGUAUGUGGCUGCAAGAGAUGGAUAUCAAAUUGAAUUAAGAAUCAUCAGCCCCAGGGAAAAGCUGAGCAGGGGAACCUGGUUACAUUUUCACGCAGGUGGCUUCGUUAUUGGGAGCAAUGCAUCAUACGAUACCUAUUUAACUACUUUGUCUAACCGCUUGGGUCUGACAAUGGUAUCUGUUGAAUAUAGACUUGCACCUGAGAACUCUUUCCCUAAGCCUCUGCAUGAUUGCGUCGAUGCAGCCCUGUAUGCUCUUAGCCCUGCGGGCGAGAAGGAUCUCGGUGGACCAUUGAAGAUUCUCGGUGGAGAGUCUGCCGGAGGAUGGCUAGCGGUUUCCACGGGCCUCUCCCUGCGCAGAGAUCAUAGAUUUGAUGUCAGAUCAAAGUUGGAUGCCAUUGUUGCUGGUUACGGAAUCUUUGAUCUCACAUAUACGCCGUCGCUUCUUGAGCAUACUCGGAGCAUUGUACUGAGUAAACAGGGCAUGAUGGACUUCUGUGAGGCAUGCUUCAGCCAUAUACCUAUGGAAAAACGGAAAGCUCCGCUUGUAUCUCCUCUAUAUGCAGACUUGAAGGAAAUGCCUCCGGCAUUGUUCUUGACGGGCCAGAUUGAACCUCUCGUGGACGAUAGUAUUUUCAUGGCGACCAGAUGGAAGCAGGCUGGAAACGACACGGAGUUGAGUAUCGUCCAAGGGGCCUGUCAUGCUUUCACUCUGAUCCCAAUGGGGGAUUCUACUGAGGAAGGGCUUGAUAUUAUUGUCGACUUUGUGCAAAUGAGAUCUAGCUAA